GACUGUUUGGUAUGUUGUUAGGCACUAUCAGCAUUGCCGUUCUCAGGAUGUUUUCUAUGAACUUUGUGUGAAGACUGUUCCUACAAUGGAUUAUUACUUGAGUUUGUGUUUCUGUGACUGACACCGUGCAGGAAAGUAUGGAAAAUCUGACAAAUAACCCAUAUGUGAACUUCAGAUCUCCUCCUGAAGCCCCAGUUUUUACACCAAGCGAGGAAGAGUUUGCCGACCCGUUGGGUUAUAUAGCCAAAAUAAGACCAAUUGGUCUACAAAGUGGAAUCGUGAAAAUAAAACCACCACCGGAUUGGCAGCCUCCUUUUGCGGUGAAUGUGGAAACAUUCAAAUUCACCCCAAGAAUCCAGAAACUAAAUGAACUUGAGGCUCAUUCAAGAAUCAAGUUAAAUUUCUUUGAUUGUCUUUACAAGUUCUGGGAUCUGCAGGGAUGUACGCUGAAAAUACCUACUGUAGAGCGGAAGAUGCUGGAUUUAUUCAAACUUUUCAAGACUGUGGAGGAGGAGGGUGGUAUGGAAUUCCUCUCGAGGGAAAGACGCUGGGCCCAGGUGGCAUUGCGGAUGGGCUACCCAUCUGGCAGGGGCCUGGGUGGAACCCUCAAGCACCACUACGAGAAGCUUCUCUUUCCAUUCUUUCUGUUUAAGAAAGGAGAGACGGUCAGCCGCAUUCCAGAGCAAAAGCCUCUUCCGUCAGAUGAAAUAGACAAAUCUGACAAAGACUACAAGCCUCAUUGGAAAUUGAAUGCUGCUGACAAGCAACGCAAAUCGAAGAGAGCUCCAAAGGAGAGCCCAUCUCCAACAAAAGAAGAACUAUCUGACCCAACUUUAGCAUUCAAGGAUCCUGACAUUGACUACAGUGCUAACAGUGAACUCAGAAAGCUUCAGUUCUUUGGCGCUGGCCCCAAAGCAGCAGUACCUGGCUCUAAAGAUGAUCCUGAGAUCAAAGAAGAGAAAGUGGACAACAGAAAGAGCAGAAUCAAGAUGGCUAUACCAGGAGCCUACUCAGGGGCUGACAAGUAUUACUGUCAUAUGUGCGGCCGUGGUGAUGGUGAUGAGCAAAUGCUACUGUGCGACGGUUGUGACGAUGCCUUCCACACCUACUGCUUGGUGCCACCGUUGGCUGAGGUGCCGAAAGGAGACUGGAGGUGCCCAGCUUGCGUGAAGCAGGCAUGCAGCAAGCCUUUAGAACCAUAUGGCUUUGACCAGAGCAAGCGAGACUACACUUUGCAGUCUUUUGGAGAGAUGGCGGACCACUUCAAGGCAUCUUAUUUCAAAAUGCCCGUUCAUCGAGUGACAACACAGCAAGUUGAACGGGAGUUUUGGCGUCUGGUUCAAAGCCUGGAGGAAAAUGUGAUGGUGCAGUAUGGUGCUGAUAUCCACGCCAUGGAAAUGGGCAGCGGGUUCCCCACCAAAAACACAGAGGAUCUACUACCAGAAGAUGAGGAGUAUGUGACUUCUGGGUGGAACUUGAAUAACUUGCCUGUCUUGGAGCAGUCUGUUCUGUGCCACAUCAAUGCUGAUAUCUCUGGCAUGAAGGUGCCCUGGUGCUAUGUUGGCAUGUGUUUCUCCAGCUUCUGCUGGCACAUUGAAGACCACUGGAGCUACUCCAUCAACUACCUGCACUGGGGUGAGCCCAAGUCUUGGUACGGAGUGCCAGGCCCAGCAGCCACCAAGUUUGAGGAUGCCAUGCGGGAGACUGCGCCGGAACUGUUUGAACAGGCCCCUGACCUACUGCACCAGCUGACCACCAUCAUGAACCCCAACCUGCUUAUGGCCAAGGGAGUGCCUAUUGUGCGCACAGACCAAUGUGCUGGAGAGUUUGUGGUGACCUUUCCACGGGCCUACCAUGCUGGCUUCAACCAAGGCUACAACUUCGCAGAGGCUGUCAAUUUCUGUCCUGCAGACUGGCUGCCCAUUGGUCGAGCGUGCAUCGACCACUACCGCUCACUUCACCGCCAGUGUGUGUUCUCGCACGAGGAACUCAUCUGUAAGAUGGCUGCGGAUCCUGAUAGCCUUGACCUCAAUCUUGCGGCAGCCACGCACCAGGACAUGCUAUCCAUGGUGGAGGAGGAGAGAGACCUGCGGAAGGCGCUGCUAGACCGGGGUACCAUCAAUGCUGAGCGCGAAGCCUUUGAGCUGCUGCCUGAUGAUGAACGACAGUGUGACGUGUGCAAGACCACAUGCUUUUUGUCCUCAGUCACCUGUUCUUGUCAGCCCAGUCGCUUAGCUUGUUUGUACCACGUAGAGGAUCUGUGUGACUGCCCAGCGUCGCAGCAUGUUUUGCGCUACAGAUACACCCUCGAUGAACUUCCCAGCAUGCUCCAUCGACUAAAGGUGCGUGCGGAAUCUUACGACAACUGGAACAUGGUUGUGAGGAAUGCUCUCGAAGCUGCUGGAGAUGAGAAACUUGAACUCGGCGAGCUGAAGGAACUGAUCGCUGAGGCAGAGGACAAGAAGUUCCCAGAGUCUGACCUACUACAGACCCUGGUGAGUGCCGUGACGGAGGCAGAGAAGUGCUCCAGUGUGGCCGCUCAGCUGGUCAGCAAGAAAGUCAGAACCAGGAAUCGACAGUCCAUUGAGGGCAAAUAUGUCGCAAAGUUGACUCUGGAGGAACUGAACUGCUUCUAUGAACAAGUCAUCGGACUUCCCUGUGUUAUCAAAGAAACCAAGUCAAUCAAAGAACUGCUAACCCGAGUGCUGGAUUUCCGUGUGGAGGCACAAGAAGCUCUGGAGGCAGAGACACCUGACUCUGAGCAAGUGGAGGCUCUUAUAGAGUUUGGCAUUGGCUUGGAUGUCGACCUCCCAGAGAUCCCUAAACUGAAACAGGUUCUGCAACAAGCCAGGUGGCUGGACGAGGUACGCAGUUCCAUGCGAGAACCGAACUCGGUGACUCUAGACACUAUGCGCAAGCUGAUAGAGUCCGGUGUCAGUCUGGCACCACAUCCAGCUGUAGAAAAGGCCAUGGCUGAGCUACAAGAGCUACUGACUGUCAGCGAGAGGUGGGAGGAGAAGGCUCGCAUCUGCCUGCAGGCCAGACCCCGCCACCUGUUGACCACCCUGGAAGCCAUCAUUGCUGAGGCUCGCAACAUUCCCGCUUUCUUGCCCAACAUUGCCUCUCUGAGGGAAGCGGUGAAGAAGGCUAAAGAGUGGAUACAGAAGGUGGAGAGCAUUCAGAGUGUGGAGCAGUACGCUUACCUAGAGGUGCUGGAGGGCCUUGUGGCCAAAGGGCGACCUGUCCCUGUCAGGCUGGACCAGUUGCCCCAGCUGGAGUCACAGGUGGCAGCUGCCAAGUCAUGGAAGGAGAGGACGGCACGCACCUUCCUCAAGAAAAAUUCUUCCUUCACGUUAUUGGAGAUUUUGUCUCCUAGGACAGACAUCGGUAUCUACAAUGGUGGUCGCUGCAAGAAAAAACGUUUGAAGGAUGGAGACAAGAAGGAAGGGGAUGGGGUUACAGAUUAUGCUAGCGAUGACAGCAGAAAUUCUGGUGUGUCCAUCCUGACCCAGGUGGCAGCGUUCAAGAUCGGGGAGGAGAAAGAGGUGGAGCUGAUGCGUGACCUGCGCACACGCAACAUGGAGAAACGACAUGACAGUGACGCAAAGUUUUGUGUGUGCCGCAAGCCAGUGGCCGGCUUCAUGCUGCAGUGUGAGCUCUGCAAGGACUGGUUCCACAGUACCUGUGUCUCCUUCCCUAAGUCAGCCAGCAUCAAGAACAAGACCUCACAGGCAGCCAUCAUGCAAGCCACCAAAGAGAUGAAGUUCCUGUGCCCGUUAUGCCUGCGCUCCCGGCGGCCGCGUUUGGAGACCAUACUGUCACUGCUGGUGUCUUUGCAGAAGUUGCCGGUGCGCAUGGUGGAGGGGGAGGCUUUACAGUGUCUCACCGAGCGGGCCAUGGCCUGGCAGGAUCGUGCUCGGCAAGUCCUGACCACCACGGAGAUGGCUUCGGCGAUGGCCCAACUAAGCGUGAUGAGUCAGCGCAUGGUGGAGGCGGCUGCGCGCGAGAAGACAGAGAAGAUCAUCCAUGCCGAGCUGCAGAAGGCGGCCAACAACCCCGAGCUGCAGCCACACCUGGCCUCGGUCACUCAAAGCGCUUUUGGAAACCGUGGCGACUCGAUGCCGGGGGAACAUAUAGACAUGAUGACCAACGGAGAUGCUGGGCAUGUCGGUCACGCUAGCAACGGUCUAGCCGUCCUCACGAGCGCAGCCAAACAGCAGCUGUUGGGGGGAAGGAACUCGGACGGGCAUGGCGUUAUGAACGGGAAAGACUUUGAUUCCUCGAAAGAGGCUAGUGUCGGUGUGAACAUGGAUGACCCACUGUCUCCCAACGGCGGGGAUUUGUCUCCACUCCCUCAACCGUUAGUCCCCGCGCCCAACCCCAUGUCGCAGGACAUCGGAGCCGAGAUUGAUAUCCCAUCAGCUACUUCUCUAGGCAUGUCGUCGGAGCAUGCUUACUCCUCUGUCUCCAAGGGAAUGUCCAUUUUUGGGAUUGACUUCUCUCCAGAUGGGUCACCCCGCAAGAACCCUCGCAAGUCGCCGUUGAUGCCGCGCCAGUGCGACGGGCCGGUGCUAGACGUGGCGGAGACCAAGCGGGCCCAGCUGGAGGAGCUGAUGAUGGAGGGAGACCUGCUGGAGGUGGCUCUGGACGAGACACAGCACAUCUGGAGGAUCCUGCAGGCGUGUUACAGCCGCGCCGAGCCCAACCGCUACACGGAUAUGGAGGUGUCUGGCCAAGGUCUGUUUGAACGUGGCCGAGACAAAAAGGAACAAAAGAAAAAGGAUGGGGUUCUCAAAACCAAGGAGAAGCUGAAACGUAAGAAGGCAGCUGGGGAGAGGCUCAGUGAUGUUGUCAUCAAGAGAAUCAAAGUGGAAAACGGGAUGGAGACCAUCAUCAAGAAGAAGAAGAUGAAGCAGCAGCAGCAGCAGCAACAGCAGAGGAAGAAAGAUAACUCCGGGGACAGUAAAGAGGGGGUCAAAGGCAAAAUAAAAGACACAGACAAGACCACAGAGGGAGGGGCUGGGGCAGAUGUCAAGCCCAAACUGAAGAAGAAGAAAAAGGUUCAAGGUCAGACGCCAGCAGCUGCAGCAACGACAACGGCCAAGACACCAGAGGUGGGGAAACAGAAGGAGAAACGGCCCAAAGUGAAGCGGGAAAGGAAGGUGAAGGAGGAGAAGGUGGCCAUGGACGAGAGUGAUGAUAAUGACGAGGAUUGCUCGGCCCCAAAGUGUCUACGACCCACGGGUGAGGAGGUGAACUGGGUGCAGUGUGACGGGUGUCUCAAGUGGUUCCACCUGUUGUGUGAAGGAAUCAAAAAGAACGAGGUGUCUGAGGACAAGGAGUACGCUUGCUCCAAAUGUAAGGGCGGGAAGCAGAAGGCAGGAGAAGAAGCUUCGCCCAGCAAACCGGACGGGGCUUCUUCCGAACCGGACUUUGACUUGGACAAAGUGAAAGCGGAGCCCAAAGAGGGUCUAGUGGAGAGCCCACCCUGCUCCCCCAGCGUGCGUGCGGCCGCCGACAAAGCCAUCUCGGAUGUGGUGGAAGCCGUGGCAGCCUCCUCCAAGGAGCGCAGGCUGGAGGCGGAGAAGAGGGUGGAGGCUGUGGAGUCGAUGAUGCAGCUGGAGCGGGGAGUGCCCCCGCCGCCCAAGCCUGUGUCUCCGCUGGUGAGUGGCAGCGAAGUUGUGGUGGAAGGGGAGGUUACCACCACUAUGAGUCCUGCGGCUGCUGCUGCUGUCAGUGCUGCGAGUAGUUCUAGGGUGGCUGCUGAUCCUGCGGGAAGUGGUAAUGAGAAUGAGGGACAGGCAAAGAAAGAUGAUAUUGAUGAUGAUGAUGCGGUGAUUGUGUCGUGUGCUAGGAGUGAAGAUGUGGCCAUGGAGGUUGAUGUCAACGAAGUGGAGGAAGAAAAGGAAACAGGAGUGGACAAGCCAGUGCUUGGAGAUGGGGAGGAAGAAGAGGAAGAGGAGGAAGACUAUGAGGAUGGGGAGGAGGUUGAGGAAGAAGAGGAAGAGGAGGAAGAUGAAGAGGUGGAGGAGGAGGAAGAAGACAUUACUAUGGAGGAGGAAGAAGAGGAAGAGGAGGAGGAAGAUGACGAGAAGACAGACACUGGUGCAGAAGGUGAUACAACCAACACUGCGGACGAGAGUAAUGACAUUGCCGGUGAUUCUGAUCUGGAUGAAAUCAGUUUGGACAAAGACAUGGGCUCUCUGGAGGAAGCAGAGCGCCAGUGUGCUCAGGUUCUGGGUGCGCUUAAAUCUGGGGACCUGUCUGCUGUUGCAGCAGCUGUGCCACUUCCUGGGUUGCCUGUGAUGUCGUCGUCAUCGUCAUCACCGAGUGUUGCUGUGUCUGGGGGUGAGGUCAAGAGUACUGCUGUCCCUGACAGCUCCUGACAUUUCCUGUACUCUAAAUGACCUUGUCGCGGUGUGUAGAGUGUGGUGUGUGGUGUGACCGUAAUGUGUCGACUUUGGCUGUGUGUUCGAUAAGGAUGAUUAUGACAAACAGACACACGUGGAGCAGGAUGGAGUUUAGUGCCCUGUGUCUCCUCCUCCUUACCUCCUUCCCUCCCUCCAUCCCUCCCUCCAUCCCUCCAUCCAUUCAUUUUACAUAUGCUGUACAAUUUGAUUUGACUGUGUAUUAGAUCUUUUAGCUUGUGGGUUUUCUUUGUCCCUCAUUUUAAUCUUCUGAUGCAAUGAAUUUGUGUUACUGAAAGACAUGUUCACAAUUUUGUCUGAAUUGUUUACAGACUUCUUUAGAUUUUUUUUCUUCUUUUGCAUUUUUCUGUUCAUAUGAUCUAUGUAAUCUCAGAAACCAUGAUGUGAGGAUCAUGAUUUGGCAAAUGUGGUUUUUGUGUAUCGAGAUGAACAUAAUUUGUAAUUUGAGCAAAUGAUGUGAAAGUGUUCGUGGCAUGGAUGAUUUGCUGAAGGUUUUGGAAGUAAUGGGAUGGUUGCUUUGCUGCUAGCCGAAACAAGUUGAGCUUUCGUCAAGACGUUAGUGUUUUGAGAUUGGAGAUUUGUACAUGUAGGUCUGUUGUGUUUUCUGCUGUUUUAGGAAUGAGCUGCUCUGUGAAGUGGUAUUUAUUUUGGAAAUGUUUGUAUGGCUUGUAUUUGCUAACAGCAUAGCACUGUCUUUUCUUUCUUUUUUGUUCUACGUUGCUGCAUUGAAAUGUUGUGCAUACUGCCUCUGAGGCGAUUUGGAAUCUUUUUUUUUUUCUCUGUUGCAAUGCAGAAAAUUUCAAAGCUUUCAUGGGGAUUUUAAUGAUGUUGAAAUAUUUAGGCCUUCAGGGAUUUGUUGGUCAACAAAUUCAGUUGGAUGUGAGUCUAUGUAUACCUGUGGCUGCCUUUGAGAAACUGGAUUCACGUGAUUGAUAAAAGUCCAUUUUAUGAUUGCACAUAAUCUAGAUUUUAAAAUGUACCAGAUGUCAAAUGUUCUGAGCCUUUGUUCAUUUCUGACUGCUGUUUUUUUUUUUUUUAAACUCCCUUUUGUAAAGCCCAGUUGUUUGCAUUUGCUUGAAUUCUUGAAGUUAAAAACUCAGACUACAGAUGGCGCCCUUCCCAUGUCCUGUGUGGAUGUCUGGUCACAACACUGAGGGUAUGUCCUGCGGUCUCCGAUUCAUCUCUUUUUGGUACAUGGGAUGAGAACUGCUCUUUGAACAGUGGUGUAGAAAAUGAUCUUUUUCCUCAGAUUUUGGAUGGGAAAGACCCCGUACCGUCAGCGCUUAUGUUACAGCGUGUCAGAAGUUAGGCUUGGGAGCUGUGUAUUCAUACGGCUUCCUAUCAUUGAUUAAGCUAGAAGAUUUUUUACCAUUAAAGGAAGGUGUAUGGCCGGCUGACAAGGGAGAAGGGGGUGGAGUCACCGUUAAUCUUGUGUAGAAGCUGUGAGUCCAGAUUACUUGCAAGAGAUCCAUUUUGACACAUUCAAGGUGAAAUGUAUAGAGUUCUGUUUCAGUCAUGGAGGAUGUUUUUAAGUAAAACCAGUUGUGUAUAUUUUGUGCGUUCAACAAACACAUAGCCCUUCUGUUCUUUUCCUUCAGGAGUGUGCCCUCUACUGGUGGGGCAGAUCUUUACCCUUUUUGUCCUACGAGAGAGAAAGUUCUUUGUUUGGAAGUCUGUACUUCUGAGAGGACUUGUGGUGGUGCUAGAAGGUCAAAGACUUGCUUACUUCAAUGUACUGUGAAAUAUUGGGCACAAUGGUGGUGUCAGGCACACUGUGGCUUUAUGUUAAGAUUUUCCCGCAGUGUUUUAGCGACAUAUCACAGAUCCUGAGGCUUGAUGUGAUUGGAAUAACCUGAUUUUACCUGAGAAGCUAAAGAAGAGUCACAAUAGCUCCUCAGAUUAAUUGAAGGUCUGCGACAGAAUUGAGAUGCUCUCAUUUCCAUUCUGUUUCAUUUGUCAGAAUGAGUAUUUUUGAACUUGUCUGUUGUGUGCCUGACACCAUCAGCCUGAUUUGGUUUUUGGAUGAUGACAGUAGGUGGAUGCCCUUGCCCUGACACGUGUGAGUUGGGUGGUGCGGUGCCCAGACCCAGUUGUUCCCAUGUAAUCAAUUGUGUACUCUCAGUGUGCAUGUAUCUGGUGUUGUUUUUCUCAUGUUUGUAGUCACCAGAACUCCACCAUCAUGAAGACAUUGAUCAUUUUGUAUUCAUUAUUUUUGUGGUAAUGGUGUUUUUAACGUCUCUUGUGGGAAUGUUGUAUUUUUUUUUUCCUGUCUGUUUUUUUUUUUCCUUUCAUUUUUGUCUUCUUUGUACAGCUGAAUACAGAUUUAUCCAUGUUCAUGGGUGGUUAACCACGUGACAGAACAAUUUGCUGGGUUUGAUUGAGAAAAUGCAAAUAACAAUGGUCGAGCUGCCAAGAUUAGUUUCCAUCGAAGAUUGAACUUUUGUCUGAUCGUGAUUCUGGGUCCCCUCUUAAUGCAGUUUGUGCUAGUUCCUAGUGAUGGAGAAAAGAUUUUUGUUAGUUAAUACAGUUUUGGGUUUCUGUUGGUUAUGUUGAUCAUGAAGAGUGAAGUUUGGGGAGGGACAUUAUUUGUAAAUUAUUUGAGUAUUGUUAGACCUAUUUCACACAGUCUUCUAUAGCAAGAAGCUUGUUUGAGGAGGUAACUUAAAAUGAUAGGCCCUGAUAGCUGGUGUGUGCGUGAUGAACAGAUAAUACAGUUGGGGUCCAACUCUCCCAGAAUGUUCUGUGUCGGGAAUUUCUAAAAUCUUUGCCGAUUGUGCUGAUGUGUGGGACGUAGAAGAAAGGAUGAAGUACCAGGAGCCUUGUGGCUAUUGGCAUGUGACAUGUGUCAUGUCAGAAAAUACAAUUCUUUCCACUACGUUGUGCUGUGUGUCUGAGAAAUAGCUGUACUGGCUGCUGGUCUAACAUGUAUCGUGUCGGAAGUUCACAAACUUUUUAAUGAAAAGAAGCUGUUGGUUUAUGUAGAGGUUUAUGCUGAGAGACUUGCUCUUGCCGUUCGCCAAAGUUCUGUCUCACAAAAGGCGUGCUGGCUUGAAGGUUUUAUAUCCUGAUUUAUGAAUGAAACAAAAUUUAAGAAAAGGUGUGUAUUUUGUAAUGGAUUAUGACAUUCUCAAACAGUUUUGAAAGUAAGAUUUUGAUUACUGAAGCUAGAAUUAGGGAGUAAAGUAUUUCCUUGUUCUGUGUCCUACUCUCGUCUCCAGGGUUGGAGGAACUUGUAUCCAUCCACUCCAAGAUUGAUUGUCUCUGAAAUGUGAAACAUGGUAGGGCUGUUUGAAAGAGCCAACAACAUAUUUUUGUAAUAGUAGAAGAAUUGAGCCAGUCUGCUGCAGUAACCUUUGGAGCUGACUUUUGUUUCUUCAACCCAUUGACUAUUGACGUACAUACAUACAUUUGUUCUUUUGCUUCUGAUUCCUCUGCCUUUGUUGGUAAGAAUGUGUGCCUGAUAUUGUUCUGAGACUUGACAGAAUGUACAGCUCUGGUGUCAGUCUCUGUCCCCGUGCCCAUUGAUUUCAUUAGCUCUUUUGUCACUUCUGCUUCUGUUCUUAAACCAUAUAUAUCCUUUUAGAAAUUGAAAUGCCUUAGAGUAUCUUUAGUGUUCAUUUAUGAGAGAAGAGCAGCUGAUGUCAAUUUUUCAUACAUGAUGGACGUUUGUGCUUUUGCAUUUUGGUUUUAUUGUUAAUUUUAAAAAAAUGGAAUUUCUGACACCUAUGAUUUUUCUUUUCUUUUCUCAGAAUCGGAAGAGUGAAAAAGUAGCUCAUUAUAAUGGUAUAUUUUACACUCAAUUUCUUCUGCUUAACUUCAUCUUUUCCAUUGAAACAGUAAAAUCACUGAUUUGUCUGUGAUAAGAAUAGUGUUAUUUAUUUGGCCUCUGACAUUCUAAAUUGAUGAAUGGCACAGGGAUAUUAAAAAAAACAAAAAAACAAAAAACAUGAAAUAAAAACAUGCAAUUAAUUUUGAGGUGACCAGUUGAGAUUUUUGUUUUAGAGUAGUGAGUAAUAUUAUCCAGUAUAGAGUGUUGAGAUUUUCAAAAUACAAUGUACAAUGAGACAAUCGCGUACUCUUUACUUGUGUAAUAUUAAUAUAUCAUCUCUGUAUGUAGAGGUAGCUGCCUUUUGAUUGGGUUCUGAUCCUUUCUUUCGGUUGUGGGCCAGCAUUGCUGCUUUGCAGAAUACUUGAAUGGGAAUGUUGCAACUAACAUUGAUAGUGUCAUGGGCAGAUGUGAUCGUUGCUUGCAUGAUGUGUGUCCUCUCUUCUUGUGCAAAUAUUUAAAAAGAUGUCUUUUCUUCAUCAGUUAGGGAAAUAAUAGUUUUUGCUUGAAGAGUUGUUAUGCUGUAGAAGAAUAUGAAGCCCUCUUAACACUUUGCAGUCACACAGCCAGCUGUGACCGUAACGGAUCAUUGUCACCGAGGCAAAGGUGACUGCAAAGUGGAGAGAAAAGGGACAAUAGUUGGAAACUUAAGAUUAAAAUUCUAAAUUUGUGCCUUUUUAGUUUUGAUUUGGAAAAAAUUGAAUGUUCAGUUUGAAAUAUACACAUGUGACUUACGUUUCUGAUUUUAUAUCUAAACAGCAAGUUUUGGGUCUAGGGAUUACCAUUGUCACACAAGUGAAAUGUUAACAAAAUAGUGUCAAGUUUAAACCUCCCCCGGUUGAAGUUGGAUGGUAACUCUAUUUUCUGAUUGUUAUCAUUGGCCUGUAUGUGCUUGAGCUGUCCUGAUUGCCAAGUUUCUGUUGUGCAGCUAGAUUACCAGAGGAAAGUUUGGGUUAAGCACCUUCCCCUAGGAUAGUGUGUCCUAACAUCAAACUCGUGGAGAAAAGAACUCUGGAUCUUAUAGAGUGAAUCAGAUGCCUCCUUUUGUCCCUCUCCUGGCGUGGCACUGUCUUGGUAGAGGAAAAAAUUUCUAUCCCUUGUGUUUGUCAUAGUUAUGUCAAUGUCUGUCUGUUGAAAGGCCUGUGGGUGUUUGGUUGGCUCUGCUGCUCUUUCCAUGUCUGUUUCUUUAGUAUUCUGAUUGUCAUCAGUGUCUGUUUCCUUUUCAAAAUGUUGCUAAACCGUGGCUAUCGCUGUAAUGACAUCAAGAGUGAUUUAUAAGGCAGUGGUGAAAAAGACGUUGCCUGAAAUAUAACAUUUUCAUUUCUUAUUUCCUUCUCCUUUUUUCCCAAGAGUUGUUUGAGUAUUGUGUAAUGUACAUUUGUCGUGACAGAGAAAAGUGCCGUGAGACACCAGAUCUUUAAAAAAAAAUGAAAAUUUAUUCUAAAAUCAUUUCUUAUGGCUGUAGCUUCCCUCCGGUUAACCUGUACAAAGUGUACCAUAAGAGAUGGCGAAUUUAACGUCGCAAAGAAAAAAAAGUAGGCGUUUCCUAUCAUUGAAGGGGAGAUGUACACCCAAGCCUUUGAUUAAAAAAGAAAAUGUGGAUAAAUAGGAGAUAUGGGCAAAGGUCAUGUGUACUGCGAAUGUCGCUGGACAUUGUUGGAGAGACAGACCUUGCGGUGAAACAAAAUUCUAUUGGACUCUAAUUUGUUGCAUUUGAAAGUGAGGAAAGUCUUGAUCCUCUCGGUUGGUUUCAGGUUGACCCACCUGCAUCAAAGAAUAACGUUGCUUUGGAUAGAAAUUAGAAACUGUAGGCAGGUCAUGUCACUUGCCAUUAGAAUUUACAGUUGAGCAAGGCAAGUUUGGUGCAUUUUGUUGAAUAGAAAUUGACUGACUUUGCAGCGUUUAAUUGUUGCUGGGAAGAGGUUGAGGUAGACUGAUUGUAUCCCAGUCAGGUUUAGUUACAGCAUUGUCUUAUCUUUUUGUGCUGCACAAAGUUCAGUUGACUGUAGUGACCACAAGGGCUCAAGUUCUGCACCAAGUAUUAUAAAGCUGACUAUCUUGUAUAGAUUAAAUUCUUGGCAUAGGUUGAAGUUGAAGUACGCACAGCUAAUAGAGAGAUUUGGUUCUUGCUAUGACAUGUUCUUAUUGCCAGCUAAAUGUGACCUUAACGUUAUCGAAAAACACGGGUGUAUUUAAGUAUUUUAAGUCUCACUUUCCUUGACAUGUUUAUUUUGUGUCAGAAGAUGUGGAGGUAGUUAUCAGUUGCAGUGUUCUUGCUAAAAUAAAUUUGGUUUUAUAUUGCUUAUUGUUAAUUGUUCAGGUUUCACCUGCAAAUUCUUUUAAGCUUCUCUCAUCCCCGGAGAUGAUUAUUUUUGGAUAGAAAUUUCAAAUGUUUGGAUUUAGCUACUAAAUGUUUGGAUGAAAUAUGUUUGAAUUAAAGUAGCGUACCAAAUGCUGGGAUCGAAGUGUCCACUGUUUGGAAUGGAAAAUCUCCAGGUAAGGGUAGCAUUGUUCUUGUUCUAUGAUUGCUGUUAAGUUUCAGGUUCUUUUUACAUGAGCAAUGAGAGCUAGUGUUUAAAUUAGUAUAUACUUCAUCCAUCUGAUAAAAUAAAUAUUAUUCACACAUGAUCAUUGUCAUCACCAUUGAUUGAAACGACAUAAAAACCUAAAUUUUUUUCAUUCA